UCCUUCUUCACUCCGCCCCCGGCCUGCUUCACGCCCGCCCCGCCUGCACUUCUUUCUUUUUUCCCCCCGCCACUUCCAGCCCGCCUACCCGGCCUUCGGCUCCCUCUGGCCGGCUGCAGACCCUCCGACUCCCGGGACUCACUCAGCGGGACAGAGCGCCGGUUCAGGUGGAGGGAAUUCUACUUACCGGGCAGUCGCAUUGCAGCAUCCCCAUCCCCGUCUCCGGGACCCCGCAUCAUAAUCUGCAGUUUGGAUGAAUUUGCGAGGCGAGGAGCGUUCAAGUUGCGGGUGAAAAUGUGACCGAGUGGCCGCUGCUUGGACACGAGAAAGCCGCCUGGUUAGCCUUCACCCCGCGGCACCGUUAUUAGCUUUCCCCACAUCUGCUCUUCAUCAUUUCCCGACGCCAUUUCCAGGCGUAAAAGACGGAACACGCAAAACAACAAGGAUGCUGUCCGAGCUGAGCCAGUGGUUCUGGCAGGAGCGGCUGUGGUUUCCGAAAGGCCUGGGUUGGGCCGACCUGGAGGAUCGGGAAGGACGAGUGUACGCCAAAGCGGAGGACCUGUGGGUGGCCCUGCCCAUUGCUCUUGUAUUUCUGAUCGUGCGUCAGAUCUUUGAAAGGACGGUGGCGACGCCUCUGGCCUCUCUGCUGGGGGUGAAAGAAACGGAGCGGCUGCGGGCGCCUCCCAACCCCACGCUGGAGUCCUACUACUGUACUGUGACCAAAAACCCCACACAGGUUUCAGUGGUGACCCUUUGCAAGCAGACAGGCUGCUCGGAAAGACAAGUGCAGCGAUGGUUUAGAAGACGGAGGAAUCAGGACAGGCCCAGCUUGCUGAAGAAGUUUCGAGAGGCCAGUUGGAGAUUUACCUUUUACCUUCUUGCUUUCAUUGCUGGCCUGGCCGCCCUCAUCGACAAACCAUGGCUGUAUGACCUAAAGGAAAUGUGGGAAGGCUUUCCUGUGCUGACUCUUCUACCAUCUCAGUAUUGGUACUACAUGAUAGAACUGGGCUUCUACGGCUCGCUGCUCUUCAGUGUGGCCUCCGACGUUAAACGCAAAGACUUCAAGGAGCAGAUUGUCCACCACGUUGCAACCAUCCUCCUCAUCAGCUUCUCCUGGUGCGUCAACUACAUCCGUGCCGGAACCCUCAUCAUGCUGGUGCACGACUCCUCCGAUUACCUCCUCGAGUCUGCAAAGAUAUUCAACUAUGCAGGCUGGAGGAACGCGUGUAACUACAUCUUCAUCGUGUUUGCCGGCGUCUUCAUCGUCACUCGCCUCGUCAUCUUCCCUUUCCGGAUCAUCUACUGCACAUGGGUGUACCCCGUGACCAUCUACGAACCGUUCUUUGGGUACUACUUCUUCAACGGGCUGUUGAUGGUGCUGCAGUCGCUUCACAUCUUGUGGGCUGUUCUCAUCAUACGAAUAGCCGUCCGCUUCCUCACCAACAACGAGAAAGUGGACGACGAGAGGAGCGACAAGGACGAGACGGACGAGACGGACGAGGAAGAGGAGGAAGAAGUGAGAAAGAGCCGUCAGAAAAACGGGCCGCUGCAGAACGGCCACGCGGUCCACAACAACAACCACAGCAAGACGGAAUGACACGAAACGCGCGGGGGGAGAACUCGUGACCCUCGGCGGGGCCAGCGGCGCCCCCGAGCGAGGGGAGGAAGAACGCUUGAGUGGCGGGAAGAAGAGGAAUGGCGGCGUUUUAGUCACGCGUGGAAAGGUUAGCGCAGCGAGGAAAGGAGACAGUGUUACCUUUGCACAUCACACAACACAUUAGUUACACCGGCAUGGCUCCGUUCUUGCUUCCUCCUUUUUGCCCGGGUGUGACCGACACUUUAGACAGGGAAGAACAUGGAGACGAGAGGGGCGCCGCGCUUCCUUCCUGUGUGCCUUAGAGCCAGACCCCUGGCUUUCCAAGAAAUGCCAUUUUAGACCCGAUGCUUUAAUUAUUUUUUAAUCUGUCGCUUUGUGCUUGGAGUGGUGCUCCACGGGAGGCCAAGACCUUUGAUUUCCUACGUUUUGUCUAUGCAACCACAGGAGUGUUGAGCUAUUGCGAUGCCUUUGCACAACCCCGCACUUCCCGCUCUCGCUUUUUUUUUUCUUUCACAGCACUCGCCAACUUGUUGCAGGUGUGGCUCGUGCAGUCUGUGAAGCGUUGGCAAUGUGGGGGCCACGUCGCUGCCUCACAGGACCUUUAAAGGGGAACCGCACUACGUUUUGAUAUCGUUCACAAUCCCAUUGCGAGACAAGAACACACAUCUAUCUCUUUUUUUAUGCAUUCUAAAUCGUAAAAAGCAUCUAGCAAGAGGCAGUUAGCAAUUCAGAUAAUUAGUAUCCCUCUAAAAUAAGGAUUCUUAACCUUUUUUUUCCACCUUGGGGCCUAAAUAUUAACACUAAAUUAGUAAUAUUACCAACUUGAGGGUUGCAGGUUCGAUCCCCGCUUCCGCCAUCCCAGUCACUGCCGUUGUGUCCUUGGGCAAGACACUUUACCCACCUGCUCCCAGUGCCACCCACGCUGGUUUAAAUGUAACUUAGAUAUUGGGAGGGGUUAGUGCGUCUGCCUCACAAUACGAAGCUCCUGCAGUCCUGGGUUCAAUUCCAGGCUCGGGAUCUUUAUGUGUGGAGUUUGCAUGUUCUCCCCGUGAAUGCGUGGGUUCCCUCCGGGUACUCCGGCUUCCUCCCACUUCCAAAGACAUGCACCUGGGGAUAAGUUGAUUGGCAACACUAAAUUGGCCCUAGUGUGUGAAUGUUGUCUGUCUAUCUGUGUUGGCCCUGCGAUGAGGUGGCGACUUGUCCAGGGUGUACCCCGCCUUCCGCCCGAUUGUAGCUGAGAUAGGCGCCAGCGCCCCCCGCGACCCCACAAGGGAAUAAGCGGUAGAAAAUGGAUGGAUGGAUGGACUA